AUGCCCAUGAACAAGCCCGCCUUCACAACGAAUGAAGUCCGUGUGAAACGGCUUCAGGAGAACUACGACGAGGGGCUGCUGCGCGAGCGUAUGCCGACGGCCGAACGCGAGCAGCGCGAUCUGCAGUGUCUAUGUGUGUCCCGCGAUAAGCUGAUGUUUCUCUUCCAGAACGCUAUGGAGGACUACAGCAGGAGUGUGAAGAACCAGAAGGUGAAGGAAUACAACGAGAUGUGCAUGAGAAGCACCUCGCUGCCGUCCAAGGACUGUGGCCUCAGGUUUCGCCUCCCCUUCCUGUAA